AUGGCGAGCAUAUUGUUUGCAAAGCAUUCAUCGCUUUCCACAAGACAUUUUCAACUCAAAACUUACAUGAGCUUUGCGGUUUUGAUGAUCAUCUCAGUGUACUCAUUCUUCUACGACAAAGCUGUGAAUGGAAAACCUGAAACACUGAGUAUAGUUUUAAACGCUGCCUUUGCUUUGGUGUCAUUAAGCUUGGACAAAUUGGUUAGGUUUGGGGUUGAGAUUGGUAUGUUCUCUUAUUUCUUAGGUUGCUUUGCAGUUCAGCUGUUAACCAUCAACUGGAUGUUGAUUUUUGUUGCAAUAUUCUUUGGCUGUCCGCUUUUCGUUAUGCAUUCCUCUAUAAAUUCCCGACCAGAGGUAGCUACUGGAAUUCCUCUAUGA